GAAGGGUUUGUCAGGUGUUUGUUGUAUGGACGUGGCCCGGUAGUGAAGUUGUUGAGUGAUGAAUGUUUGUAUGAUGUUGCUCCGUUUGUAACGUGUGUUUAUGUGUAUUAUAGUCAGUUACAUUGCAUUUGAAGUGCCUUAAUAGUAAUGGGUCUCUGCAAAUGUCCAAAACGAAGAGUAACGAAUCAAUUUUGUUUCGAACACCGAGUAAAUGUUUGUGAAAAUUGUAUGGUCACAAAUCACCCAAAAUGCAUAGUCCAGUCGUAUCUACAAUGGCUACAGGAUAGCGAUUACAACCCAAUAUGUGAACUAUGCACAAAGGAACUGGCAGAUGAAGACUGCAUUAGGCUGAUAUGCUAUCAUGUCUAUCACUGGGCAUGUUUGGAUCAGUAUGCAAGGCAGUUGCCACCUACAACUGCACCAGCGGGGUACACAUGCCCAUCAUGUCGUGUUGGACUGUUUCCAGCACCCAAUUUAGUUUCACCAGUGGCAGAUGUCUUACGUCAGCAGCUUGCUGGAGUAAAUUGGGCCCGUGCUGGUCUUGGCUUACCACUUCUUAGCGAGGACAAGGAACAAAAACCACUUAGUGAUAAAGUAAAGCUAACUGCUGAUGAUGUACCAAAUGUAGCAAGAUCAGAUGAUGUACGGUCAGUUGCAAGUGCCGGCAACAACCAGAGACAGAGUACUCCAAAACGAACAAUGGUACCAAAUUCGGAGUACCAGCAAACUGUUUCAGAUGAAAAUCCACAUUCCAUUGUUCAUGUUGAAGAAACCACUUCAGCAUUUAGUCGUGCAGAGAGCUUCCCUACUUCAGCAGGCCAUGCACCUCGUCGAGUAUUUGAAGCUCUGGAUGAGGUGAAAGAUACAUCGUUUGACCAUGAUGAAAAUAAAUAUAAGAGGCGAUCUGCAAUAGACUGGUUCUUUAGAUGGUGGAGAACUGCUUCUGGUCCUGCACUACGAAACAAGAAGCCAGGCCCUCUGUAUCGGCGCUACUUGAUGGCUGUUAUACUUUUCUUAAUAGGCUUGUUUACUCUUAUAAUGAUAUUUUCUUGGCUUGGGCGCAUAGCAACCGAAAAUGAUCCAAGUUUUGAUGUGCAUUUAAACCCUAAUGUGCGAAAUAAAGACACUGUUCCCAUCCACGAUCGCAAUGAAGAUGCUAAGUAGGAGAAGAAUGAACGAAUAGAAAAUUUUAUAUAUCUGGAUGACAAGUAACAAGUAGUUUUUUGACUGCUUGAUGAAGUUGGAAUCAUUAUUUGAUAUUUUACAUGUACUGCGUAAAUAGUCCUCAUAAGAAAUGGAUUUUUAAAAUUUGGUCAAUAAUAUCAGUGAUAUGAUAUGAUACAUGAUAUUCAAAUGCAGUUGUUACUACAUGAAAAAUAAGACUGCUUCAUUUUAUAUUGUUGUAGUACACUGCUUGAAUGUAUGUAACACUUGUUUUGAGAGAAAGUUAUAUUAAAUAUUAUUUGUUGUUGUGAACUUCUAAAUACUUGAGCCACCACCAUGAAA